CUCUUUCGUACCAAACCCAAAAGGCAGUGGAACUGAAAAGGUCAAAGUCGGCGACGACGCUCUCCAAAUUACACCAAAUUCGGUAAAGAGCGAAACCCUUAUACUCUUCUUCUUCUUCUUCCGCUCGCCUCCCACUCAUCCAUCUCCCCUGAUUCGAUCUCGAUCUCGAUCUCGAUCUCCCUUGUCCCGAUCUCCUCUCUCUCCUCGUCGAAUCGAAUCGAUUUCCCAAUUCGGAGCGAUUCCGCGUCGCAUUGGUCGGUGGAUGCGCCCCGAAAUGGCGAGAGGAGUCGGCGCCGACCCGCUCGGAAUGGGCGAUCUCCGUCCGAAGAAUUCGGCCGCGGCUUCGCCUCGGUCGAGGCGUCGGAAACCCUAAUUCUCCCUUAUAAGGAGGGAGCCGAGGGAGCGGGAUUGGGGCGGGGGGGAGGGGACAGACGUAGAAGCGAUCUCGCUUUUGAGCGUGUUGAUGGGGAUUUGCUGGAGCGCGAAGAUCAAGGCGGAGAGUGUGUCCGCUUCGGGUGUGAGCUCUAAGAAUUGCAGCAAGGAUGGAAACAAAUACAGUGGUUGUAGCAGCAGGGCUUCGAGCACGUCCGUACCUCCGAUAAUUCGAACUGAGGGUGAUAUUUUGCAGUCGACCAACUUGAAGAGCUUCACCUUCAGCGACCUGAAGACUGCUACUAGAAAUUUCCGCCCCGAUAGUGUGUUAGGGGAGGGCGGUUUUGGUUCCGUUUUCAAAGGUUGGAUCGAUGAGCAUGCGCUCACUGCAUCCAAACCCGGCACCGGGACAGUUAUUGCGGUGAAAAGGCUCAACCAUGAAAGCUUUCAAGGCCACAAGGAAUGGUUGGCAGAAGUUAAUUACUUGGGCCAAUUGUACCAUCCGAAUCUUGUAAGACUAAUCGGAUACUGUUUAGAGGACGACCAUCGUCUCCUGGUCUAUGAGUUCAUGCCUCGUGGUAGCUUGGAGAAUCAUCUCUUCAGGAGGGGUUCAUACUUUCAACCUCUCUCAUGGAACUUCCGAAUGAAAGUUGCCCUUGGAGCUGCUAAGGGGCUGGCUUAUCUUCAUAGCGAUGAGGCAAAAGUUAUAUAUCGCGAUUUUAAGACCUCCAAUGUGCUCCUCGAUUCAAACUACAAUGCAAAGCUGUCGGAUUUCGGAUUGGCCAAGGAUGGCCCGACCGGUGAUAAGAGUCAUGUUUCGACGAGGGUCAUGGGCACAUAUGGGUAUGCUGCUCCUGAGUAUCUUGCAACAGGUCAUUUGACGUCGAAAAGUGACGUGUAUAGCUUCGGUGUGGUUCUGCUAGAGAUGCUAUCUGGGCGCCGUGCUAUCGACAAGAACCGCCCGCAUGGGGAGCACAAUCUGGUGGAAUGGGCGAGGCCUUAUCUCACGCACAAGCGCAAGAUAUUCCGCGUACUCGACACCAGACUAGAAGGGCAAUACUCGCUAAGCGGGGCAGAGAAGGUCGCAUCCCUCGCUGUACAGUGCCUCUCCAUGGAAGCUAAGCAAAGGCCCGCGAUGGAUGAAGUGGUCUCUGCGUUGGAACAGCUUCUAGUCUCCACAGAGGUGGAGAAGAAGCAUCCAGCGGAAACGAAGCUGAGCUCUCAAAGCCUUGGUAACAGUGGCGAUAAGUCGCGGAGAAAAAAGUUGGAAGAUGCUGGGGAUGCAAAAGCUGGCUAUCUGAGAACUGCUUCUGCGUGUUCUUAGUUGCGCAGAACACCCAGAAUAGAACCCAUACGUGGUGGGUUUUACGUAAUCGCCUAAAUUAUAUACUUUUAAGUAGCAUAGUGUAUAGCUGCUUGCGCUUAUAAUCCUUCGUUAUAUAUCUAUCUCCAUUAUGGUAUCUUCUCAGCUGCAUGAAAUGGUAGAUAGGUUUUGUUUCUCUUUGGUAUUCAUCCUUUUGUUUCACUGGAUCAUCGAUAGUACAAAUUAGCCUGUUUUAACUAUUGCAGAAUCAGAUGUCGCAAUCUUAGAAAC